AUGAGCAAAAGUAAAAUUGGUAUAGUUUUUGAAUGGAUUAGCAGCAUCAAUCCAAAUUGUAAGGCAAUAAUAAAUGGCACAACAAUAACUGGAAGAUCAAGAAAUUUCAUACAUAAAAGAAAUAGAACAUACUGCGCCUUUUUAGGAAUCCCAUAUGCACAGCCUCCUACAGGAAAUUUAAGUUUUGAACCACCACACAGAAUUGAUAUUAAUAAAACUUCAGCAAAUAAUGAAACCUUCACAGCUAAUGAAUUAAAAGAUAUGUGUAUUCAAAGAGAAGGCACAAAAAUAGUAGGCAGUGAGGACUGCUUGUAUUUGAAUAUUUAUACACCAAUGUUAAAUGGUAGUAAUACUGACAAAAAUAAAACAUAUCCAGUAAUGUUUUGGAUCCACGGCGGUUCAUUUAAUACUGGAUCUGGAACUUAUAAUUUAUAUGGUCCUGAUUAUCUCGUACACGAGGAUGUAAUAUUAGUCACAAUUAAUUAUAGAUUGGGUGUAUUUGGAUUUUUAUCAGCACCAGAAUGGGAAAUCUAUGGAAACAUGGGUUUAAAAGACCAAUUGCUGGCACUUCGAUGGGUAAAUGAAAAUAUCGAAGCUUUUAAGGGAAACAAAAGUAGUAUUACGUUAUUUGGUGAAUCUGCUGGUGCAGCAAGUGUUCAUUAUUUGAUGAUGAGUAAUUUAACUGAAGGAUUGUAUCAUAGGGCUAUUUCACAAAGUGGAAGUGCCCUUAACCCGUGGGCUAUUCAAUACGUGCCAGAACAAAGAUUUGACAAAUUAAAAACCAGUUUAAGCAUUAGUAAUGUGACAGAACUUCGUAACAAAACCGCAAAAUUAAUUAUUGAAACAGUUCUAAAAAACGUAACUACACCUGAAGACCACAAAUAUGCCACCGAUCCUGUUUUCAAUCCUGUAGUUGAACAUAAAAAUUCAACAAACCCUAUAAUAACUAAACAUUUAUUAAGUCGCAUGUACAAAGGUGAAUUUCCCGAUGUAAACAUAAUAUAUGGAUUCAAUGAUGCAGAAGGACUUUUGGCAAUGAAUAGAGUGAAUGAUUCAAAUAAUGAGGUAAACUAUACAUUGCAUGAUGUACGCCGAGUGAUACCCUUACUUUUUUAUAAUAAUAAAACCAUGGAUGAAUCAGUUAAUAAAACAAUAAAAGAUUUGCAUGAUUAUUACUACUGGAUUCAUGCGUUUGAACAAAAAUACGAAGCCUACAUUCAACUUAUGGGUGAUGCCUGGUUUCUUCAUGGAAUUCAUGGCACAUUAAAGGCUAUUCAUAAAAAUAGUAACAGAACUUCAAAAACUUACUUCUAUAGACUUUCCAAUGAUAGCUAUAGCAUAUAUAAGCAAUAUGUGUUUACUGAUAGAGAUAAACAAAAACUUCCUGGUGUAUGCCAUACUGAUGAUCUUGGAUACUUAUUUGCGAUGUCGAAAGAAGUGCAUAUUUGGAUAUUUGGCUUGACUAUGAGAGUGUACGCAACAAUUCCAGACAAAGCAAAAGAAACGCAUGAAAAGAUCGUUACUUUAUGGACAAAUUUUGCAAAAACUGGGAAUCCGCUUAAAGCUACAUUAAAUACUACUAAUGAACCCAAAACCUAUGGAAAUGUGACAACUAUAAAGUGGGAACCAUACAAUAUUACAACGAAGAGAUAUCUGGACAUAAAUGAUACAUUUGAAAUGUCAGUAUUUCAUGAAAUGGACCGCAUGCGAUAUUGGGAUUCGGUAUACAAGGCAUAUAGAGAACAAAAGAAAACUAAGAAAGUAAAGAAAGUAAAAAAUAAAGAUGAAGAAGAACACCAUGAAAAAGAAGAAGAAGUAGAAGAAAGAGUAGAAGAAGAAGAAGAAGAAUGA